AUUGAUAUGGAUGCUCGCCCUCCUCGUUGUAUCUGUCUGUCUGUCUAUUUGCCUUCACUCCAGGUCUGCGCCACCUGCACACACAACACAAUACAGCACAAUCCAAUCCAAUCCAAUCCACAACCUAGAGUCGUGUGUCUCCCUACCUCCCCCCGUCUCUCUCCAAGUUCUCUCUGCUCACCUUUGACGAGACCAGCCCACGUGUGGGUGCGCGGGGGAAGACGAGCGAGAAGGCCCUGACCAUGCAGCUCUCCACCAGGCGCUGCACCUCACUCGCAUGCCGCUUACAACACUCCAAGAUGAACUCGUCAUGGAUCACCCCAACCUACACACACACACACACCGCCCGCUAUAUAUAGGGUUCGGCAGUUUUGUCACGUGGCUUGCUCACUCACGAUGAGUGUGUCGGUCUGCCAUGCCUCCAACGUAUUGUAGAGCAGCGACAAACACAGAAGUGCCACCUGAAAUUUCACGGGCAUAACACAACACAACACAACACAGCACAGGUUCAUGCAAGCAGGCAGCCGCCUCACUGUGCCGUGCCUCCAUGUCCCUUUCCUGUUUACCGACCUCGGCAGCGCCGCCCUGGACGGGGGUGUUGAGGCUUUCCGUCAUGAUGCGAUCGUCGACCAAGGCAAAGUGGCGAAUGCGACCUGCACAGCAGACACCAGGCAGCGUGAGUGCACACACCAAUCCGUCCAUCCAUCCAUCCAAAUGUCCACACCUGCCGGCGUCUGGAUGGACUUGUGCUGCUGUGAUGUGUCGCGGAUCCGCUGCUGCCACCUGCAAACAGACAAAGAGAGUCAGAGACACGAGAAAGAGAGAGAGAGAGGGGAGUCGUGCUGGGUGCUGUGUGUCGGGUCGGUCUCGCCCUCACAGAGCGACAGCAGGGUAUGUCUGGAAGAAGAGCUUGAGCGCCGUCUUGGCCUCAUUCUCCGUCAGCUGCACUCCAAAGGAUGUCUGGGCAUACACACGCAACCCACUCGCACCCUGGCCGUACACAAGACCUGCAUGACACAGUACAGUACAGUACACACACGCACACAAUCCAUUCGUCCCGUUGUGUGUCUGUCGGUCAUAUGUUAUUGGCCAACGGACUGACCGACCGAAGUUGACGGCUUUGGCGAGUCUCCUUUGCUCCUUGGUGACUUGUUGUGGCGGUAUGGACAACAGACGGCUGGCGGUGAAGGUGUGCAGGUCAUCGCCCGUGCGGAAGGCUGACAGCAUGUUCUCGUCACGGGACAGCUCGGCCAACACUGGCGUCAUGGCAGUGAGCACACCAGUGAGAGAAACGACCGAGGCUCGGCCAUAUGGUCAGCCACCCAUACCUCUCAGUUCUAUUUGGCUGUAGUCUGCGACGAUGAGCGCCCGGCCGGGCGGGGCGGCGAAGAGGGAGCGGAACUCGUCACACCGCAGAGUCGAGUGCAGGUUGGGGUCCUGGUGGUGGGACAGACUCACACACACACACACGCUAGUGGGGACCGAAUUCAUCCAAGCAUGUGUGUGUGCAGUGCCUCAUGCACCUUGGUGGCGAGUCUGCCGGUCACCGCGCCGCCCAGUAUGUAAGUGGGAUACAGCCGACCGCCACGCACAUGCUCGGCAAACGGACCGUAGGCGGAUAUCUGACACAGACGAGGGAGGGAGGGAGGGAGCGAGGGCAGGAGAGGGAGAGGGGAGACCGGAGUAGAGAGACAGCGUAUUAAGUGAGAUCCACUGGCUAGUUUGUUGUGAUGACCUUCUUCUCCAUCUCGCGCACAUUGAGGAUCAUCGACAGGGCCUGACAUACACAAACACACAGACACACAAAAGGUGCGUGCGGCGGUGGAGUGCACCAGCGUGGGUCCCUACCUUUUGGACCGACUCUGUGCAGCACGUCUGCAGCGUGGCCUUGUCGACCUUGAGUGCACCAGUCUGCUCACACACCACCACACAUCCAUCCAUCCCCUCCCACACCCGACCAUCCCAUCCAGCCAAUGCACAUAACAUACAUACUACCUUGGUUCUCGGCCAUUUCUGCAGCUCGAUGCCAUUCAAGCGACUCUCGAUCCAGUCACCCAACUGCUGGUUGGACCGGAUGUUCAUCGCCUGCUCACUCAGACCCGUCAGCCUGACCUCCGUCCCGCCCAAACAAACACGCCAGCGGUCUCUUCUCUGAGUGGUGGCUGCGUCUGUUGGCUCACUGGCGCGUGUGUCUCUUGGCGUCGUUGAGCUCCCGCUCCCACGCCUGCAGCAGCUGUGCAUGGUUGCGUGAGUCGAAUGCGAUGCCACACGUCUCCACCAGACAGAUGGCCGCCUGUGCAUCACGCCUGCAGACACAGACAGACAGACAGACACAGAGGGAGGAGGAGCACUGUGGGUAUGUAUAUCGUGAGGAGGGAGUGUGUGUCGUGUGUGCAUUGAUUACAUGAGGUAGUAUGUGAGGCAGGCGGGGUGGUUUCGGCCGAUGGUCAGGCGCGUCCCCGUCUCACCCACCAUUGAGGCGAAUAUCUGGGGGAUUGGAUGCACUGGGUCACCCUGCAUCCAUCAGUGUGUGUGCCUGCCGCUUGUUCCUUCAUGUUGUUGGUGUGUUGCAUUGGAAUGCACUGCACUGCACUGCAUUGAGGGGUCGUCAUCCCGCCCACCUUGGCGUAUUUCUUGAGGACUUUGAUGAGGAGGCACACGGAUGCAUGGACGGCGCACGCUGCGGCCUCGAGCACCGACUCGGCCCUUUUGUCGGGCGCAGCCACACUCGCAGACCGACACUUCUCAACCAACACUGGCACCACACACACACAUACACACACACACUCUACACACAGAGAGAGAGAGAGAGAGGGACAGGCAUGAAGGUGCGGCAGAAGUGAACACUUUUCCCUGCCAAUACCUUGUUUCUCCUGCCGGAUGAACUGGUCUUCGUCCCAUUCCAUGCCGAGCGCAUUGACCAGCAGGCGCACACACUCCACCGUCAUACUGCUCGGCGGCAUGGUGCGCGUGGCGCGACCGUACAGAUGCAGAAACUCCUUACCUGCACACGCACCACCGACAAACGAACCCCGUGCACCCACUGCCGUCAUGCCCACGGCGUGUGUGUCCCGCUCUUGUUUGUAUGGCAUACCUGAUGAGAAGCACGGCACAAUCGGACGACCGCAUGACGCGAGGGCCUGCAUCGCAGCCUCACUGCACAGCGACGGCUCAGCCCCUCCCACAAGCACCAGCUGCCCCUCACUCAUUAGACACACGCCAGCAACACCUCUCAACUGCGACGAGAAUGCGAUGCUGCCCCCUCGGAAGAAAAACACCGGGCUGCCCUCCUCGGCGCCACGCAGGAAGGCCGCCAGGCGCACAUUGGCGAGGGGCCGGAUCGUGAUGCCCACCUUCAGGGCCUCCACCAGAGCAGGCACGUCAAAUGGGGGGCAGUCGUCGCGCUUGGUGGAGGGAAGGAUGCCGAGCGGCCGGGGUUCUCCGUCGGGCUGUUUCUGUUGGUCAUCCUGGAUCAUGGCAUUGGCAUCGGCAUUGCGGUCGCUCCGCUCCGACCGUGCGGAUGCGGUCACAAGGGCGAGAGGCAAGUUCUGCUGCUCCUCUCUGGCCGCAGCCACUGCCGACGUCCACAGGUUGGCUUCGUCGCCGGCAGCAGCAGACAGCUGGGCGGCGUAGGCUGGCGCCGCCGAUGCACUAACCGGUGCAUGUGCUGAGGCCUCUGAUUCGGGAGAUGGUACGCCUCUCGAUGCCUUGGCUGCAGGGGUCUUGGCGGCAGCCACGGAGGAGGGCGGCUGGGCGCUCGUGGGGAUGGGCGAGAAUGGCGUGAUGGUGCCGUCAGCCGAGCGGAUGGCAGAGGGCCGGCAGACAGUGUCUUGGCGGUUGGCAAAGCCGCCCCGCUUGUAGAUGUAGGGGCAGUUUUCCUCCAGCCAUCGCAAAUCCUUCAUCCUUUUGCGCCCUCGCGGUAUCUGCCAGGCGUCAGAAACGAUGAAUGGAUGGAUACGUCGCUCGGCUUGAAAGAUCUCCC